AACAUUAAGCAGUAAUCAGAAGCCCAUCUUAAGUUUUAUAAAAUAAUAUGCCAACAAUGGAGAAGACAACAGAAUAGCUCCAGUUUACGUCAACAGAACAUUUUACAGAUCAUGUUAAAGACACUGAUUGCUUUAUCAGCAGUUUUGUUUUGGUCAUGAAGUUUACAUUUGUGAAGACGCUUUAGGGUCUAAGAGCGGAAACAAAAUCAGCAAGUGUUAAUGGAACAAUUUCACAAACUUCAACACCGCUCUUCUCCCACUCCUACACCUCCUGAAGGUUUCUAAGCAUGCAAGACGACAGUUUAGAAUCCUCAACUUCAAUAUCUCAGCUUCUGAGAGAAAGUUAUUUAGCUGAAACUAAACGCCAAGGGAACAGUGAAAGAAGCAGAUCAGAACCAACUUCACAUAACUUUCUUUACGGCAACAGUUCUGGUGAUUCAGAUGAGGUAGUUGCCCAAGAUGACCUUCCAGAUCUCUCUGCAUUUUUGAGCCAAGAAGAGUUAAAUGAAAGUGUAAACCUAGCAAGACAAGCUAUUGAUCAGAAUCCAUUGGAAGCUAAACAGGAUGAGCUUCAUCCCCCAGAUCAACUGAAAAACACUGGAAAAAACAAGCAAAUGGCCCAUUCUGCAGCUUUAAAAACAUCAGACAAUGGCCUGCCUGCAAACUUUUGCCAGGACCGUGCUACAGAUACAAAAGGUUCCAAAGGGAGCCCUCAAGAUCUAAAGAAACACCUUCCCUCGGAAUCGGAAUCUAAAAAGGAAUUCCUAAACAAAGCAGCAGAUUUUAUUGAGGAACUCUCUUCACUUUUCAAAGCACACAACUCUGAAAGAAUAAGACCCCGAACAUGCAAAAAUUACAGGAGCAAAAUUGAUUCUAAGAGCAAGUCUGCACAAAAAGCUAGCUCUAGUCUCUCUAAUACAUCAGAAAACAGAGAGAGGCUUUCCAUUCCGCUACCUCUAGACUUGGAAAACAAAGCAGAGGAAACAUUUGAAAAAGCAGAUGAUCAACUAUCAGAAAACCUGGAAUCUAUCAACCAACUGACAAGCGCAGAACUAAAAACAGAGUCAGAAUCUGCAUAUUCUGAUGAGCCUAUCGGACAGCCACCACGCUUCACUCAAAAACUGAAGAGCAGGGAAGUUCCUGAAGGAACCAAAGUGCAAUUGGACUGCAUUGUAGUAGGAAUCCCCGCACCUGAAGUCAGGUGGUACUGUGAGGGCAAGGAGCUUGAAAAUUCACCAGACAUUCAGAUUACCCAGACUGGUGAUCGACACUCACUGGUUAUUGUUGAAGCUUUUGAGGAGGAUACAGGACGUUACUCGUGCUUUGCUUCAAACAUCUAUGGAACAGACUCCACAUCUGCAGAGAUUUACAUAGAAGCAUUUUCUCCUACUUUUCCUAAGAAAGGAGCCUCUUCUUCUGACUCUGAAGGUGAAACUAUUAAAGACGAAAUGGAUCACAACCUAAAGCCAGCUGACACCUCCUUGAAAGUAGCAGCUCCUGCUACCAAAGCUGCAACCAAGCCUCAAGAAACUUCCAGUGCACCAUCAACUGUGGUUCAGCCUGUGUCUGUACCUGUCCAGUCCGUGUCUACGCCAGUUAAACAGGCUGAAAGCCCCACUAACUAUUUGCAAGGAUUGGAUGGAAGACCUAUAGUUGCUGCUCCUGUAUUUACAAAGAUGCUACAGGAUAUUUCAGCUUCUGAGGGGCAGCUUGUAGUUUUUGAAUGUCGGGUGAAAGGAUCGCCUUCCACAAAGGUUGAAUGGUACAGAGAAGGAACACUGAUAGAAGAUUCUCCAGAUUUUCGGAUCUUACAGAAAAAGCCACGAUCUAUGGCCGAACCAGAGGAAAUUUGUACUCUGGUUAUUGCUGAAGUAUUUUCAGAAGAUUCUGGCAGUUUCACCUGUACUGCAAGCAAUAAGUAUGGCACAGUAUCUAGUAUAGCUCAGCUAACUGUCAAAGCAUCUGAAGACAGUAAUAAUGCUGCUGCCCUUCACACAAUGAGCUCAAUCAACUCAGUUGCUGUUGAAAAUCAGUCACCCCCACAUAAUCCUUCCCAGCGUGUAGGAAAUGAAAACCCCAAACCUAAACUUGAAGGUGUUCUUGUGAACCACAACGAACCCAGGUCGAGUUCCAAGAUAGGCCUCCGUGUGCACUUCAAGCUGCCUGAAGAUGAUAAAGGAAGUGAAUCGCCACCAGAAGAUGGACUUGGCUCUACAAACAAAACCAGACCCAGCUAUUUUCAUGACAAGAUAAAUGGACAGCCAGCGAAAAUACCAGAGCCAACAUCACCAUCCAAGGAACCCCCUCCAGUACUAGCUAAACCAAAGCUUGACCUCACCCAGUUAAAACAGCUUCACAACCAGGUCUUGCUUGAGCAACAGCAACUGCAUCAGACAUCUACAAGAGACUCGUCAUUCAACACUGCUUUACUGAGUUCUGCUACUUCACUCAAUCAACAGUCCACCUCAACCACAUACAAGCAAAGCAAAGCCUCUGUUUCGCAAGCAUUCAGCUAUACCCGACCUAAGCAGUUCCUACCAUCACAGACCACACCACCUAUCAUUUCCUCUUCUAGCUCCUCGGUGACAAUAUUCAGCAGUGUCUCUCAAGGAAUUCAAAGAACAAAUAGCAGGGAAAAUGUCACAGGAAAUCCUCCAUCCAUACAAUCAAGGUCAUCAGGAGGAUUUACAUGCAAAAGUGAACAGUCUUCACCAAGCCCUAAAGAAACCACGGUCCCAUUAACACUGUCUACAUCCAGUGUAAAACAAUUUCAGCCACAAAGUGUGACUCCUGCUCCUGUCUCCCCAACUGGCUGGAUUCAGAAUCCAGCAGCUUUCCUCAGCGCUGUUCUUCCUUCACUUCCAUCUCCACCAUCAACGAAUGCUAUGGGGCUGCCUAGAAGCACACCAGUCACCUCAACCCAGGGAGUAACAAAGAAAAAUCCAAAGCCUCUGCAGUUACCAACAGAUGAAUCUAUUCGGGAAAAUAAAGCUGCUCUUGUAAAGGACCUGGAGAGGAAACUACAUUACAGAGAAGAUAUUAAUCAACAAAGUAGCCAGCAGGAAUACAGGAUUUCAAGCUUUGAGCAGAGGCUGAUGAAUGAAAUAGAAUUUCGCCUUGAACGUACCCCUGUGGAUGAAUCGGACGAUGAAAUUCAACAUGAGGAAAUCCCUACAGGCAAAUACAUAGCACCCAUCUUUGACAAGAGACUCAAGCAUUUCCGGGUCAUGGAAGGAUCUCCAGUCACAUUCACUUGCAAAAUUGUCGGGAUACCUGUUCCCAAGAUAUACUGGUUCAAGGACGGCAAGCAGAUUUCAAAGAAAAACACGCAUUUCAAGAUGAGCAGAGAAGAAGAUGGAACAUGUUCUUUACAUAUUGAAGCUUCUACUAAUGAUGAUGACGGCAACUAUACUAUUAUGGCUGCAAACCCACAAGGUAGAGUAAGUUGUUCAGGCCACUUGAUGGUUCAGAGUAUCCCUGUUCGGGGCCGAGUAUCAACACUUCAACCUCACAGAGUACGCUCCCGGGUUCCAGAAGGAGGGGAAAAAGAAGCAGUUCAAGAACGCUUUUUCAGGCCGUACUUUCUACAGGCACCAGGUGACAUGGUGGCACAUGAAGGGCGACUUUGCAGGCUGGAUUGUAAGGUGAGUGGAUUACCAACACCGGACCUGACAUGGCUUCUGAAUGGCAAACCUGUGUUACCAGAUGGUACCCACAAGAUGCUGGUCAGAGAGACUGGAGUUCACUCUUUGCUUAUUGAUCCUCUCUCACAAAACGAUGCUGGAACUUAUACUUGCCUUGCCACUAAUAAAACAGGACAAAAUUCAUUUAGUCUGGAGCUGACUGUUGUAGCAAAGGAAGUAAAAAAAGCUCCCAUGUUUUUGGAGAAGCUUCAGAACUGUGGUGUUCCUGAAGGGUGCCCAGUCAGAUUAGAGUGCAGGGUUGUGGGAAUGCCGCCUCCUGUGUUUUACUGGAAGAAGGAUAAUGAAAGCAUCCCAUCAAACAGAGAGAGAAUGAGCAUGCACCAAGAUACAACAGGGUAUGUCUGCCUUCUGAUUCAGCCUGCCAGGAAAGCAGAUGCUGGCUGGUAUACCUUGUCUGCAAAAAACGAAGCUGGUAUUGUCUCUUGUACUGCUAGACUUGACAUAUACGCUCAGUGGCAUCACCAAAUUCCACAACAAAUAAAGCUUCGACCUGGGAGUAGCCGGUAUGCAAACCUUACUGGCCAAGGACUCGACAUUUAUUCUGGCUUCCCAACUACUGAAAGCCCUGUGUUGUUUUCGUCCCCAACUCAAAGGAUGGUGGAAAGUGAUGAACUUUGAAGCACGCAAAUGAACAAUGGUUCCAGUUACACUUGCAGAAAUACUAGAACUGAAAAAAAUAAAGAGGUACAAGUCAAGAUGCUCAAGGUUUACAAGCAACUUGUUUGUAAUUCAGUGUACUGCUGCUGCAAAUUUUGCAAGUAACAUAUACAAGACUCUUGCAUAGUAUUUUUCUGCAGGAUAAUUGUGGUAUGGAGUGUUGUGCAAUAAAUUCAAUACUGUGUAGUUUGCUAAGAAUUACAUAGUGAACAUAGUUUUCAGCACUUAAAAGUCAAUACCACUUCUACUGCUAGAAUUAAAGCUACUCUCCUGUAGCAAGCCACCCUAAGGAUUGAUGAUGUUUUGCUGGAACACUGCCCAGUGAAAACACUGAUAUUACAACGACAACAAUCCUGAAUGAGGGUAAACAACAUGACUUUGAAUGUAAUUCUAAAAAUAAAAAUUAAAAUUAAAAAAAAAAAAAAGCCAGAUAAUCACAAAGCACAAGUACAAGGACAAAGAUGUAUCUCAUUUUUAUAUACAUUUAAGCCAGAUAAUCUUAUAAUUGUUGAACUCAAGUCUAGAUAAGUGUAGAAUUCCAUGUAGGUACAGCUGUAUACCUUAUAUAUUUCUAUUUGUGUGCGUGUGUAUACUCCAUGAACUGUGUACUCAUGGCAUAAUGAUUCAUAAAGUAAGGUACAGGAUAUAUGCCCAGGGCUCUAACAUAGGAGACUAAUCUUCCUGUAGUCCGAAGCAUGUUCUGUAGAACUCAUAGCUGAAACUAUUUUCCAGAUAUGCUUUAUAUUUUUUUUUCCUUGCAUUGGUAGUGAUUCUCUGCUUUUAAACAUAAAUUCAUACCAAGGUUGUAACUUCAGGGCUUUCAAAUAUCAAUGUCUUUCUUCCUGUUUUCAAUGUGACUAAAAGAAAAGUCUUUACCGUAUACCUCAUUUUUCCCUCUAACUGAAAAGAAAUUAUGAUCUGCUGGAAAUCAAUGAUUUCAUCAUCAUUUAGGAAACAAUGACCAGUAUGGUGUCUAAUAUUAAGACAGCAAAUUCCAUUAAUACACAGAAAUCUAUACACUUAAACAACAGGAAUGUGCAAGGAGCUAAAAAAUUCUACUAUAACUAAUAGGACUAUUAUAGAAAUAAGAACCUAAUGAAGAUGCAACAGAAGGUGUUAAGAAAACUUAACUGAUUUAAAUACAUUUAGCAUCUGCACAGUUGUACAGCAUUUAAAAUCUGUGACUAUCUGGUUAUUUCUUGCCUCUUUAAGUUAUUGCUAUCCCUCUUCAGACAAGAAAAAUUAAAAGAAAAAUUAACAGAUGCUAUUGGUUUAGAUUGUAAUUAGAUUUUUUUCAAAGUUAAAAGUGUAACUUACUUAAAAAAUUACAAAUGCAAAUAAAACAAUGAGGAAUUACCUUAAGAGCAGAAGGGUACUGGAUAUGACAGAGACUUGAGAAAAAGAAAGCCUUUCAUCCCUGGAUUUCCUACAAAAGCAACUUAUGAUUUCACUAACUGUUGGUUCCUUAAAGAUUCAUGGGAAGUGAAUGUAUUGUAUCGUUCCAUUUCCUAUUGAGUACUAUAACACAUCUCACAAAAACACUGUAACAUAAACUCACCAUUACAACUUCCCUGCUUUUGUUAGAAAUCUCAUGUAUGAUUCACCCCAGACUGAGCAGAUCAGGAAGCUAAAAUAUAUUCAUACCCUGACAGGCAAUACAAGAUUCAGUCACUUCAGUGAGAAAGCAGAAAUGCCAGUUGAUGUUCAUUUUGUAUCUCCUCUCCAGCAAAUAAGAUAAAACUAAUCACUAUGAAGAACAAUACAUUAAUUCAAAUGACUUCAAUUAUGAAAUGCUCAGUUUAAGGCAAAGCGUGAGCCCCCAAAAUAGUGCAGCCCUUGUUCCUCUGAUCUUCACUUAUUUUUAGGAUGGCUUAGUGAGUCUAAGCUGGUAAAACAAAUAAAUAAUAAAUUAAAUUAAAAGAUUCUCAUAUUUGUAACUAGUCUUGAGAAAAUACUCCAAAUAAAGUUAUUGGAUUUUAUUUAACUCAGUGCUGUGGGAAGAAGGAUGAGAAAGUAUUAAAACACAGAAGACCUAAUUCCAGUCUUCUCAUUACUUCAUGCCAGAAGUGAAAAGUGGAUUUGGAUCCAAGCUAUUCAAAACUGGAUAUCAUUCAUCAGGCUUUGUACCUAGCAAAGGGUUAGUCAAGUUCUUUUCCCCUGUGGAACACAGUGGUGGGCCCCUUGCCUAGGUUUUAGGGAUUGGAACAGAUGAUUUCCUGAGGUUCCUUCCAACCUGAAUCAUCCUAUAUGUUCUACAUUAUUUUACUUUCCUCUGCCUGGCUGAAUAUCCUAUGUGAAUGAAGUUUCCUACUGACUGAGUAGGAACUAAGAAAUCAAGCAGGCACAAGCUUCUCCUUUUAGCUGUGAUAUAUCCCACUACACAAUUCUAGCAAGAGUAAGCAUGGUAUCUGAUUUUUUUAAUUUUUUUUUUUAAUCAUUUAAAAGAAAAAUAGUACCUAUUACUUGCAAAUACUUGGUUGCCAGUUCUAGAACGAUACCUGUGAAUAUUACUGUUUCUCAUAUUUGAUAACAUCAGACAUCAUGUCCAAUAACUUGGCACAAACAAAAAGACAAGGAGCUCAGAUAAAAGAUGUAAACCACAUCUCUCGAUCAUGUUUUUCAGUGAAAUCUGUCUUGACUUACAUAAUUAUAAUUUGAGCAGACAAGCUGAAGGAUAAGUGGUACAUUUUUCUUUUAAAUGUACUUUUUGUUCUUGUUGUUGAGGCAGACAAAAGCCACUGCUUCUCCCAAAAAUAUGCAUAAGAAGGAUUAAUUUUAAGUCAUUAAACAAGAGCCCCCUGAGGAUUCACAGCAAACUAGGCUACAGAGUGCACCACCAAAAUCUGUCACCUGAACUGUAAAUAUUCUCUCUUUGACAGUAUUUAUUUGCAGAAGGAUCAAAUUUUUAUCCAUCACACUUCACUACAAAAUGCAUAAGCCAGAAAAAUUACAUUCAGUGCAUCCGACAUAAACAAAAUUAGAAUCUGAUCCCGAACAAAUAGUCUGUAGUCAUUAACUUUUGCUUAAUAAUUGCUGCAGAACAUUUGUUCUUUGCAUAUGCUGAGCCCAGACAAUGAGUGUGUAAACAGAGCUUAGUGAAUGGAUGUAAAUGCUGUUAAUUAGCAGAACUAAUGUGUUCAUCAUAAAGAAGAUGCAAAAAUGAUGGUUAUGUUGUUGACUGAUGGAAAAGCCAAUGGGAAAAAGCUCUUGCGUAAACAGUAGAGACAACACUGAGCUGUCACAAAACUUGAUGUUGUUUGAGUUCAUGUGCCAUGAGGAUAUCAUACUUUGUCAAGAUACACUACGCACUAUGCAAUUGUGCUCUCUUCCUGAACAGCUUGACUUUUCAUUGUUUUUGUUCAAUUGAAUAGCUGAUUUGAUUUCACACUAACAUGAUAUUUCAUUCUCUUAUUUAGGUCAGGCUUUUGCAACAAUAAAAAUCAAUGUUAGAACAUUUACUGGAAUCGGUGUUAGCUAUUAUCUUCACAAAGUCCAUUAAAUAACCACUGCACGAAACAUAACAUUGUAUCAAUGAGAUACAGAAAUACUCAUUUUUGUAAACUCUCAGUAACAGAUCAUUUUUCUGAUUCAGAUUCUUGUAGGUUUACUUAGUUUCUUGUUCCCUCCCAGUCCUGUUUCCGCGUGUGACCAGAUGCACAAUAUAUUUCAAAGAAUGGCAGAAAUAACUUCUAUUCUGCAAUUCUAGAAAGCAAAAGUAUUAUCUUUGCUUUAAAAUUUUUUGCUCAUCUUAAUACAGGCACAGUCCUCAGCAGCAUGAUAUAACAGUUUGCAUUAAUAACAAUAGAUUUCUUGCCUUAAAACAGCUGGAUUGAGAUCAUUUGCUUGCAUGCAGACAGUGGAACAUACCUUCUGAAUGAUUCCCACACGCUGGAGUGAAGAGGAGAGCACAAAAUCUAAAUUAUAAUAAUUUAGUCUACAGCCUCUUUCAUAAUAUCAAAGCAGUUGCCAGCUGUUUACAGUAACAGCAGAUAUUGCAAGGAAACAAAUCUGAAAUAAGAGUUUCUGAAAGAACGGUGCUCUUACUGCUACAAGGUUAAAAAACAUUACUUUCAAGACAAUGUCUUCAUAUAAAAUGAUUAGUGAGACCUAAUGAAAAAUUUUAAUUGUUAAAUAUUGAAUGAGCAAUUCACUGUUAGUUACCUUACUAUUUCCAGUACAAAUAUGUUCGCUUUGAGCCUUAAAAUUCUAUUUUAUAUUUUUUUCUUGGUUAAAGUAGAUAUUUUUUUAUGUUUUGAUCCAAAGUCAUUCUCUAUGAAAAAACAGUGCUAUCAGCAGUUUUUAAGUACUACAAGUGCACAUAAAAGGAAGAAACAAAUGCCUAGAAGUUCAGGAAUGUAUCUCCUUUUAUCUCACCUCAAAUAAAUGCUUCGGAGUUGCAUACAA